AUGUCUCUUGCUUCAGUUGAAGCGGGCUCCAUCACAUCCCGCGCUCAGCAUGAAUCGGGAGGCGAGGCCUACGAUGACGGUCCGUCUCUCAUGGCUAAGCUCGGAACAGAGCAGUUCUGCCAUCCCCUAGGAGGGGAAGAGGUUGCGGAUGUGUCUCACUUCAACCCGCCUUCGUCUGCCCUCAUCGAUGCUGGCAGAGCUCAACACCCGAUGCGCGGAAUCAUUCACUUUCUGGGAACCGACCAAAAAAGUGGGCAGUACGUGAACCCUGGAGAUAAAGAGGCAGUGCUGCAAGCCAUGGCAGGGCAUAUCGAAAGAAUCAAGAGACAUGUCUGCAAGAGAAGAGCCGACAAUGAGGAGUUGCAGCAUAUGGUGUAUAUGCUCAUCUUUGAGAACCCUACCUACGACGAAAACAUCGCAUGUCGGUUGUCGAACACUAGAAAGAUCAUGGCCGACAUCUCCAACAUGGAGAAGUAUGUUGCAUGUCCUCUGACAGUUGAGAACCCAAGAACGAUGAGAAUUGAUCUAGUGAGAAAGUCUCUGUAUGACGAGACGGCAAACGUUGCAAGAGAGAUGGCGGAGAUGGGGCACCUAGUGGAGGUUUAUGAAGAGAUCGUGAGGUUAAGGGGCAAGAUGUCAGAAAACAACGACAACAUCCGUCAAGAUCUCGCAAGGCUGCGACGACUGGAAUUGAUUCGAGAGUUUGUGAGGGAGCAUGGCUACAUUAACAUAACCUCAUGCGGGUGGCAGCGAGGGAGGCAGGAAGAUGUGCUUGGUGUCUCAGCCAACUACUCUUGGAGCAGGUACGUGUGGAACUCCCCCUCUUCCGAGUUCCAUCCUCUUGGUUUGCCAGGAGGAGCUUGGUUCCAGGUCGAGCUCCCCCGCGGGCUGGAAGUGUGUCCCUCCUUCUAUUGGCUUAGGCACGGGGACGACGGUUGUGCGCAGGCUCCGGGGAUCCGAGGGGACAGCGACUGCAGCGUGUGGGAUAUGGAGGGGCGAGUAGCUCUCAGUGGAGGCGUUCCUGAAUCCUCCUGGGGCCACACAACCAGCGGGAAGGAAAAGUUUCGAGGAUCAGCACUGACAAAUUGGGAGCUGUGGGGCUCAUUGGAUGGAAGGAGGUGGAAACUCUUAAGCGAGCAUACACAAGAUACGUCGCUGCACGGCGCAUGGAAGCAUCAGAUGUGGAGAAUCGAAAACAUUGGAGAGGAAAAGUUUCGCUUCUUUAGAGUCAUCAUGACGGGGCCGUCAAACAACGGAGGAUAUUCCCUCUUCUGCUCGGGAUUUGAAAUCUUCGGAAGGAUCGGGGAGGAGGAGGAUGAGAAGCCGCCGCCUACUCCACCGAUGCAUCUGAGCUACAUGUAUCCUCAGGAGGUUCACGUCGUCAACGGGUAUCCCAUCGUCGAGAACCCUUGCUCGCUCGAGUCCGGGACCAACGAAGGUUCAUGCAAGAUUAGCUUCUCUAUCUGGCCAGACCUCCCGCAGGGUCUGCUGCUAGACGAGGCAUCGGGGACGAUUUCGGGGACUCUGAAGAAGGAGGAGUUGGAUGAGGACUGGUUGAACAUGGUCCUCGCUGCCAAGCCCAUCUCCUUCCGCGUGACUGCCAGCAACUUAGUCGGCAAGGCUGAGACUGUGAUCCGCAUGCUCUUCCUCCUUCCGCCGGAGCUGCUCAAGUACCACCACACGGACGUGACGUACGAGCUGGGACAAGAGCAGAUCGCCUUCUCUGCUGAGCUCCUCGCCGAGAACUUUGCAAAGGGCUGGAGAGAACCAGAGUUUGGCCCUAUCGACCUGCCCCGAACUGUCUCUUCCAACUCUGCUGACUUUGCGCUGGGUUCGAGCUUCGUGUGGACGGACAGUAUCGCUGUGUUCACAAGGAGAGGAAAACCUGUCAGUCUGACUGGUAGCUGGCCGAUGUUUGACGUGUCUCCUCCGCUUCCUGCUGGGCUUCACGUUGAUCCCACAAAUGGCAGCAUCGUUGGAGUCCCGCAGGAAGAGCGGGCAGGAACAUGGGAGAUAACAGCAUGGAAUCCUGUGGGGUAUGUGAAGACAAGUGUGAAGAUGCAGAUCCUGCUUCCCCCAAGCAACAUGUCCUACGACUAUGAGGAAGCGGUCCUUAUCAACGAGGUCGAGAUCGGGACAAACCACUGCCAGGUGAAAGGAAGCCGUCCUCUACAGUUCAAAGCGGAUUCUCUGCCUCAGGGAUUGAAGUUGAACGGUGAUGAUGGAAGGAUCACAGGAUCGCCGCAGCAGUUGGACACAGACUUUCGCAAGUAUGCUGUCAGAUGUGCUAACCAAGUAGGCGAGACUCUCGUGAUGUUGAGCCUCAUGUGCAGCAAGCCGAUCACCACGCAAGACGACGUGAAUGUUAUCUGUGAGAUGUCAACGUUGCUGACAAGGUGGCAGAACGAGAGGCUUGUCAACAAGGACGUUGAGGCAAGGGUUGGCCAGAAAGUGCGAGGGACGGAGGCGUUUAUCAAGCAGAUGCGGAUGAAGGGACUGAAGGAUCCUUCUGCGACCUCUGCAAGAAAUGCUCAUGACAACAUGAGAUCCAACAAACUCGUCCAAGCGGGUCGGGAGCUCCUCAGCUCUCGUCAACCGCUCACACGGGAUCUCAGAAACGAAGCAGCGGCAGGACGAGGGAUAAUAACCGAUGUCUUCAUGGACGGCAACGUCUGUCAGGUUCGGUGGGACAACACGGGCCUCGUCUCCUUGUACAGCACGGGCAGGGACGGCGAGUACCAGCUCGCUCUCUGGGGGACGGCAAAGCAGCUGCAGCUACACUGGAAAACUCUCCCUGCUCCCACUCGCCGCUCGCUGCAUGACGACCUCGACUUCCUUGUGGACGAGUUCCUGCAGGAGUUCAAUAUCCUGGCUCCUCGUCUUCAUCCUCCCUGCGACCGCCAGAGACUCGUGGGCCUCUCUCACUCGCACAUGCAUCCUGCUAUCGAGCGCGACUCGUGUCCUCGAGGCAGUGGCUUGCUGCAGAGAAUUAUCCAUGAACUCGAUCUAGGUUGGAUGGAGUCGAGGAAAUCUCUGGAGGAAGCUUCCCUCUGGAUGGCGUUACAAACUCGUGACCGAGUAGUUGGAAUGUCGAUUGACUGGGAUCCCUACAUUGCCUUCAUGGAGUUCAUGCAGAGAAGAGAGACGUUCCGACAGGAGGGAGAGGAGGAGAGACGGACAAGUGAGGUAGGGCGGGCCGAGAUCAGGAGACAACGAGAAGAGAAGGAGAGCACAGAGAUGGACAAGGGGAUGAGGAGGAGGGUACAAUUCGUGGAGGUUUGGUUGUUCAUCGACAAAGAGCUUCGGUAUGCUCUGCAAGACAAUUUCUCUGAGAGGGAACGAGUGCAUGCGAUCUUUGAGCACGAGAGGCGGAACGUGAGGAGGCUGAACAAGCAGCAGUUUAUCAAGAACGCGAUGCUCAUGCGUGCGGGGAUGAACCUCAACAUCUCUCGCCGGAAGUUUGAGCGCCUGUUUGACAAGACUGACACGGACCAAGACGGCUACAUCAGACUCUCCGACGCCUGGCACACCCUGACAGUGCUGGAGCUGAGGCAGACCUCUCGUCGGUCCGAGGAAGACUUCACCUGGGAAGAACUAAUUCGUCAAGUCCAGCAGAGACCAGCUGGGCUUCUCUCAGGAGCGGGAGACGUCCAUGAAGUGGUGAACAAUCGAGUGUGCGCUCCUUUUAGCAACUUUGAGGUCCAGAGCAAGAGAAAAGCUCUACAGCACUCGAGGCGAUAG